UUAUUUUAUAGUUGCCUUAAUCUCGUUCAAACAAGCGUUUGAAAGAAUGAGUUGGAAUAGGUGUUAUUAUAAAGUUGUUAUCAACAUUGAAUAUAAACUAUUUCACUAGGAAAGUAUGUGAUCGAUACGGAUACAUAUUCUCUACUGCAUUAGUGCUUCUUAUCGAUUAUUUAAAAUUAUUCCUGUUGAAAGAAGUCAGAGUAUGUGAUCGAUCGCUGUUGAUCUACUGGUGCCAUUGGCGGAUGAAACAGUGAAACAGUCUAAAGAACAAGGUAAAUUUCCAGGAAAAAAAUGACAAAGGAUGGAAAAUGUGCUGCUACUAUUCGUAGGCGUAAAAUGAAACAUGGACCAGAUGAGCUUGACCAGGCUAGAAACACAAAUAAACUCAACACCUCUAACCUCCCUGAGGAUGAACAAAUAUACAAUAAGGAAGAAGAGGAGGGAUAUUUAUUUGAUGAUGAAAUACUUGGACCAUCUAUCAUUAAAACAAUCAUGUCAUCUGAAAGAAAACUUUUUAGUGGCUUGAUAGCCCUGCGAAUUGUAAAUGCACUUUUUAUCCAGACAUCAUAUGUACCAGAUGAAUACUGGCAGUCUUUAGAAGUAUCACACAACAUUGUUUUUGGUUAUGGAUACUUAACAUGGGAAUGGGUGCACGGUUUACGUGCUUAUUUAUAUCCAUCAAUGUUUGCCAUUUUAUACAAAUUUCUAGCCAUAUUUGGUCUGGAUCACAGACUGCUAUUGAUAAAGUUACCAAGAGUCCUACAGGGUAUUUUUGCAGCAUGGGGUGAUUUGUACUUGUAUAAACUGAGCUGGAAGCUGGCAGACCGAGCGACCGCUCAGUGGACGUUAUUCUGUCAGAUUACCUCCUGGUUUACUCUUUACUGCUGCACCAGGACGCUCACAAAUUCUAUGGAAUCUGUUUUAGUGACAGUUGCUCUAUACUACUUUCCAUGGCCUAAUAUAAGAAGUGGUACCCAUGGGAAGAAGUCCAGCACCUGGAAGUUUGUGAGUCUGGCUGUCUUGUCUGUGUUGAUCAGACCCACUGCUGCUAUAACCUGGGUCCUAAUGUGCUCCUGGCACGUACAGCUGAAUGCAGCGAAACUGUGGAAGACAAUCAGGGUUUAUCUCCAGUAUGGAUCAGUUCUCCUAUUAAUUAGUGUACUGGUGGACAGGAUUUUCUAUGGGGAGUGGAUCUUAGUUCAGUACAAUUUUCUGGAAUUUAAUGUACUCCACGGUGGAUCGGCCUUCUAUGGCAGCCAUCCCUGGCACUGGUACAUCACACAGGGCUAUCCUGUUGUCAUGGCAACACAUCUUAUACCAUUUUUGAUUGGUGGAUGGUACUCCAAACACAAAGUACUGCUGAUGUUGAUCAUAUGGAAUAUAUUUAUUUACAGUUUCCUUGCUCACAAGGAAUUCAGAUUUUUGCUUCAAAUUCUACCUGUAUCUAUGCACUACUGCGGUGUCUUUUUCCAAACCUUGUGCAAGAAACCAAGUCUAAAGAAAAAGAAGCACAAAUCUGCAAAGACGUCUGAGAGCAAUCAAAAAGCAGGCAGCAAAGGAAGCACAGAAAAUGACCAAAAUCAGACUUCAGCAGAUUCUGAGGAAUCUAGAACAGAAAAUACAACAGAAAAUAUCGAGACUCGAGACAUUCUAGGGAAUGUAGAAAGUUCAUCAAAAGUUCCAGUCAGUGCAGAAGAUGCACAGGUUGCACAGGAAAUGACACACAAAAGCAACCUGCUGAAAGCCUGGAUCCUUGUGAUGGUUUUUCUACUCAUUAAUAUUCCAGCAACCGUUUACUUUGGUCUCAUUCACCAGAGAGGGACAGUGGUUGUCAUGAAAUUUCUGUAUGACGAGAGCUUUGAAAAAAAUAUGGAUGUUUUGUUUCUCAUGCCAUGUCACUCUACGCCUUAUUACAGUUACCUACACAGAAACAUCUCUAUGAGGUUCCUGACCUGCGAACCUAACCUCUCUAAGAAGGAACACUAUAUAGACGAGGCAGAUGAUUUCUACAAUGAUCCUCUGUACUGGCUAAAGAAACAGUACCACUUCCAGAGGAAACCCCCACCUAGUCAUAUUGUAUACUUUGAUAGACUGAAGCCGGAGAUUUCGGAGUUUCUGACUCAGACAGGGUACAAUCAUUGCGGAACUUUUUUUCACACUCAUCUCCCCGAGGGGAGAGUAGGACACAAUGUGCUUGUUAGCUGUAGGUGAUAUACAGUGUUAUAUUAAAAAUUAUUUUGUGAUAUUUUUUAUAGAAAGGCUUUUUUCCUUAUUUUUAUUUUUAAUUUCUUAUCAAUAUUAGAUGAAAAGAAUUUUAGUAGCACAUAAA